AUGGAUUCUGGGCACUAUUCCGCUGCACGUCAUGCUGCUGCCGCUGCCGCUGCCGCUGCCGCCGCCGCCGCCGGUGGUGGUGCCGUCUACUCGGCUCAGCCCAUGGACCACGCACACGCGCACUCGCACGCUCACGCACAAGCACACGCCUACCAUCAUGGCCACUCUCACUUACAAACACCCGCGCAAUCACCCCAUGGCCAGCCACAGUACUACUCGAUCAAUCCCGUGAGCCCAACCGCACAAGGCCCUUCCAUGACGAGCCCCCGCGUCCUACCAAACUCUGAUCUCAUGCCUGGCGCUCACUCACCGGGCUCAGCAACAUCUUCCGCGCCGCACGGCAUGACCGGUCUACCACCCAACCGCCCUUCGUCCCCGGCCGCCUCUGUGUCGGGAGCGCCUAGUCCCGCCUCCAAGCCUAUCCGGAGGCGCAUGCGCAUGAUUACGUCCUGCCUCGAGUGCCGGCGCAGGAAGCUCAAGUGCAACAAGUCUCAGCCAUGUGUCAACUGCAUGAAGUUUUCGCGCGACUGCGUCUACCUUAGCCCCAAGCUUGAUGAGGCCAGUCAGCUCCGUCUGACAGAGAUCAAGGAGAAGGUUGGAUCAUUGGAGCGCCAGUUGGAGCGCGAUGUCGCCAAAACGUCCCGAGCCGCCCAGCAGCAAGCUAUCCUCGCCGACGACGUCGAGGACGACUUUGCCGAGGAGCGCGAUCUAGAGCCCACAGAUAUGACGGCUCUCGAUGUCACGUACGAAGAAGACGCAGACGGAACCGACGAUCUCAUUGACCUGGGUGUACAAGUUGGUCGCAUGCGUAUCACAGAGCGCAUCGGUGGCCUAUCCAGACCCAGAAUAGCUGAAGAGAUCUCGGCCGGUAUAUCUGGCCCGGGCGGUCCCCCCGGGGGUCCACCUCCGGGCGGUCCGAUGGGUGGCCCGAUGGGUGGUAUGGGAGGAAUGAUGGCCAUGAUGGGCGGUAGGGGCAUGGGCGGGGCCGGACGAGGCGGGCCGCCCCGUGGUGGGCCGCCUCCUGGGUAUCCCGGCUUUGGUGGUCCACCACCCGGCAUGGAUGCCAUGUCUGUCGUGAGCGGAAGCUCCGGUGACUCGAUCCCCGACUUUUUGAGGCCUGGUGAAUCCUACAUUCCCCCCUCGAGCGGCUUCUUCUUUGGCCACACCCCCGAGGCCCUCUCUCUUGAUAGGAGAUUACCUCAAAAGGAGGCUGCUGAUCGACUCACGCAACAAUACUUUGCAGCAGUUCACCCCAUUGCACGAUGUGUUCACAGACCGUCCUUUGAGGCUGAGUAUGUAAACUUCUGGGAUGAAGUCUACAGCAACAUUGAACCCAGGGCCUCCACUCAAGCCGUCAUGUUUGCGGCUUGGUUCAGUGCCGCCGUGAGUAUGGACGAUCCGACAGUAAGGACGUUGUUUGGCGUCACCAAAGCCAACUUGAUCGACCGAAUGAAGACCGAGACAGAGAGAGCUCUCGGAAAAGCCAAUUUCCUACGCACAACUAGAGUGGAGACCAUGCAGGCUUUCAUCAUGUAUAUGCUCCCGCUCUGCAGAGCCGAGGUAUCUCGAGCUCACUCUGUUCUGGUCGGUGCCGCUGUCAGGAUGGCCGAGUGUAUGGGCUUGCACAGAGACGGAGAGACAUACGGACUGAAUCCUCUGGACACUCAUGUUCGUAGGCUCAUCUGGCAUCAACUCUGCUUCCUCGAUAUCCGCACCUGCGAAGCGCAAGGCCCCAGGCCGGCUAUCAGGAGGGAAGAUUACGACACCAAGCUCCCGCUUAACUGUGAAGAAGAAGACUUUUACGCUGCCGGACCACCCCCUGAGCCCGCAGACGUGUGGACCUCUUCUUUACUAUCAGCGAUUCGGACCGAGUGCAACGAGAUGAUGCGCGUAAUCUGGCUGGACCGCCGCAGGCUCGAAACACGCAAAACGACACUCACUGCUGUUCUCCAGAAGAUUGAAAACUUUAGGCGGCGAAUGGUGGAGAAGUACGAACAUUUACUCGAUGGCGAAAUCCCUAUUCAACGCUACGCGAAGUUGGUUAUGAAUCUGCUCCUCUACCGCCUCCACGUCAUGAUCCUUCACCCCUACCACGCCAAUGCCAACAGUCCCAUGACCCACCGCCUCAACAACCUACUCGUCACUUCUGGCAUCAUGAUCAUUGAGAUCUCGAUACAGCUUGAGAACGACCCGCAAUUCCGAGACUGGGCCUGGUAUCUAGGCGCCUACCAACAAUUCCAGAUUGCUCUGCUCUUGGCCACUGAGAUCUACUACAGACCGCAGAACAGGGAGGCCGACCGUAUCUGGGCUUGCCUGGAUUACGUCUUCGGAACAGACCGGACCCUACCGCCUGAGAUGAAGGGCUUGCAGAUUUUGGGGGAGAUCAUGAGCAAAAUGGCAACAUACCAGAGUAUGCGCAAGAUGCGUGCGCCGACAGGAACCUCCCGAGCACCGCUAAACAAGACGGCCGUCAACGUGAGAAACGAGAAUCAGGGGGGACAAAAUGCCCAGCAGCCACAUCCCGGACAGGGCAUGCCGAUGGGCUUCAAAGCAGAGCCUGGCAUGGGUGGUCCUGGUAUGCAACAAUCUUCACCGAUGAGCGGCAUGGGGUCUCCGGGGAUGGCGUCUCCGCCCAACGCCCAGAUGCAAGGUCCGCCUCCAGGAAUCGUCUUUGCGGGUGUGUCAAACGGCGAGGCCAUCUGGAGCAUGCCACCCGUAAACGCGGACAGUCCAGAAAGUGUCAGCGACGGGGCCAGUAUGGGCGGUCACAGGCCCUCGCAACCGAUGAAUAUGAUGAACCCUCUCGAGGGCGUAGACUGGGAUGUUAUCAACGGUCUUUUCCCUCACGAUCCUAAUACUGGCGAACUGAACAUUUCCGGCUUCAACGAUCCAACGCUCGGGUUGGUGAACGGGUUCCACUGGGCUCAACGAUGA